UAAACCUAUAAUGAUUUCUAAAAAUAAAAUCCCUCAAGCCGGCCUGUUAGCGAAUCCGUUUCAAACCUCUGCUAACACCAACCUGAUUGAAGACGACAAGUCUUGCCACUGGCUUUCGAUGAGUACAAAAAGAAAAACAAAAGAGAGGCAGGACCAACAGAUACUAGCAGUGGAAGCGUUCUAGAUGAUCGUCCACGGAGACUACUCAGACUGAAACAACACUCCGAAGAAGCUGAGGCGGGUGCUUUAGAGUCCAUUGAACAAAUCAUGAGCAAUGUUGAAAGCCAACACACGAAAGGCUCGGAAACAGAGACAGAAUUAAAACUAAAAAGAAGAAGAUCUCAAAGAAGACGAUCCCGUCAGAGGUACAGCAAUGACCACAUAAGUAAAAUCAAAUUUCUUACCAUUUCCGAAUCUAGUGGUAAGCUAUAUAAAGAUUCAACAGUUCAAAUGAAUAGCGACAUAAUAAAACUAGCCAGAACCACAGAUCGAGCUACUUGUGCAGAUUAUGAAUGUGGAGAUUGUGGCACGAUCACUGAAGUCAAGGAGUUUAUGACGGACAAUGAGACUCACGUCAGUGAAGACUUUAUUGAAGCUUCUAGUCGUGCAACAGCGAUGGAAACAUCUCCUAAUGUAUGCAGCAACGCUACACACAUUGACAAAGAAUUUUUAUGUGAUAAUCCAAUAUCUACAUAUUUGUACAAUAAAAAGGAAAUUUACUUCAGCCAGGCUCCUGAAAAAUCACAUGCCGACACGAAAGCAGAACAAGUAUCGAUGGUUAUUAGUAACUAUGUAACUGAUUCAAAGUCAUGUGAUUGUUCAUUAGAUUAUGAAAUGCCACAAAUAUUUGCUGUCGCAACUGCUGCAUCUCAGCCGAUCCCGUGUGAGCCCAAAACAGAUGAUAUGGACUUGAACGUUUUAUUUAGCUCGAAAGGAUUAAAUAAAAAAACGAACGAAGAAAUUAUUAGUUAUAGCGAGGAUCAAUAUUACAUGGAUGAAAAGCAAUUAGAUGCCUUUACGUUAGACAUUUCUGACCAUUUAAUUAAAAAGACCUCCUCACAUACCUCAUCAAGUUUAUCCCAUAAUACUUCAACGCCAAGAAAUAAACACUGUGCUUACGAAUCCCCACGAGUCAGUGUAGAUUCUGCGAAAUCGAAGUUGUCAGAGAAAUCCGCUAUCAUCGAGAGAAGCGACUCCGGAGGUGCAGACAUCAGAACUUGCAAAAGUUCCUAUGAAAUAGCUACAGUAGACAUGUCAGCUUCGUGCACGUCGUACAAGACUACAGCCAUGAAAACCUUCUCGGAGAAGUCGAUGGUGAUACAGGAACGUGGGACGUCAGCCGACACCAUGUCACAAGAGACCGGCUACGAAUGUACUCAACCACGGUCAUCUACAUUUUUAUCUGAAGUCGGAUCUCUUACACUAGAUCUAGGAGACUUAUCUGAUCAUCAAGAUCCUCUCCCUGAAGCGAAAGCAGUUAUUCCUGAAGAUUUAGGGCAUGUUGUUCCAGAUUUAAGUGCCAAACACCGAGAUAAGAGGAACAUAGCUUGCCUUGAGAUCCAGCUAGAUGUCCCGACUAGCACAGAGGUUGUAGUUGAAGUAGCAAGUAAGAAGAAUAGGCCUAGUAGAAUACCGAAAUUGAAUUCAAAAGCGGCAAGGACCAAAUCUUUAGAUUUAAGAAGCACGAGCAAUAUUAGCAGCGGUGAUACAGCCAGUGUGAAAAGUCAUAUUCCGAUCUUAACGUCGAAGCCUAGGGACGAUAUUGCAGUGAAUACGGCAACUACUGAAACAGAUAGUAAAAUUAACGUUACACUAUGAUAACAUGUAGGUCGUUAAUUAGGUAUUCCUUGUAUCACAUACGUAGUUUCAAUAAAUGUUUAAAUAAUUUUA